CCAGUCAUAAUCAGUGCCUGGCCAUACCCUUCAUGUUGCGCAGAGGACAAGUGUCGUAGAAUGAGAGCUGACAUAAGUGGAAGAAGAGAAGUGGCCAAAAUAUUGAAGACUCACUGCGGCCCUCUCCCAAGGCCUGUAUCAGUCACCACAGACGCACCCUGCCGACAGGGCCCCUCCAUUUAAAGGUGCUGGGAUCUGGUGCCCCCCCAAAAAAAAAAAAAAGCCGGAGGGAAAUGCAAAAUCUAACGACAGAAUCAACAAAAGGGAUAGGACUGAAAUGUGGCAUGUCUGGAAGCCAUGAAAUAAUUUUCACCCUGGUACCCAUCGUCUAUGGCUGUAUUUUUGUCAUCGGCAUUGUCGGAAACAGUAUGGUGGUGGCUGUCAUCUACCGCUACAUGAAGCUUAAGACAGUGGCCAAUAUUUUCGUCCUCAAUCUUGCUGCGUCUGACCUCACGUUCCUCAUCACUCUACCAAUGUGGGCAACCUCCCCUGCCACAGGGUAUCGUUGGCCCUUUGGAGGAUUCCUGUGCAAGGCAAGUGCAGGACUGGUGAUUUUUAACAUGUACACCAGCAUCUUCUUCCUCACGGCACUCAGCCUCGAUCGUUACCUGGCCAUUGUGCAUCCGGUGCGAUCACGGCGCUUCCGCACUGUGGUGUACGCGCGUCUCACUUGUGUGGUGAUCUGGCUUUUUGCCUUUGUGCUUAGUAUACCUACUGUAGUGAUCAGGGAUCUCCACGACAUCUCAGACGCCAACACUACAGUGUGUGGCAUUCUGCACCCCACCAUUGAAAAUGCCAUAUGGUUGGAAGAGCUCCGUCUGGCCAGCAGCCUUAUGAAGAUCCUGCUGGGUUUCCUGGUGCCCUUCGUCAUCAUCCUCACCUGUUAUUGCCUCAUAGGGCGGGCGCUGCUGGGCGCCAGACACAUACAGAAAAGCUCUUCCUCACGCGAUGACGAGGUACUGCGCAUGCUGGCGGCAGCCGUCUUGGCCUUCUUCUUGUGCUGGGUUCCCCAUCAAGUAUUCCACUUUAUGGAGGUGCUCACCCAACUGAAGCUUGUAACGAAAUGCGCCAUCGUGGAAAUCAUUGACACCGCCAUCCCCUUCACCAUCUGCAUUGCCUACUUCAGUAGCUGUGUUAACCCUAUUGUGUACAGCUUUGUGGGCCAUAACUUUCGCAAAAACUUACUGCGUCUGCUGUGUUGCUCCCCGGGUGUAGGUCCUGGGCCUCACCCGAGCAUUAGCUCCAAGAUGAGCGCGCUCUCUUUUCGUGCCUCGGAGGCGCUGACCCUUACGGUCAAAAAUAAUGCCUCCUCCGAUGUGAAGUAAAGAGAGAGAGAGAAACAGGGUACAAUUUACCUCGCCCCACUCUUUCAGUUUGUGGUUAAAGUGCUGAGGUGGAGACAUUCCAUGCUUCUUUUUUUUGCUCCAUGCCCGACUGUAUUACUAAGCACUGAAACAUGCACAAUGACUGUAAUGCUGUGUACAUGUUCAUCUGUAAAGACUACCGUGUACAAUGCUAAGCUGCAGGAUAUUUAUUCAUAUACAUUCCAUGUCACAUAGCAUGCUGGCAAUUCUUCCCAUCUAAGCCUGUGAAAUGAAUGAGAGUGUCACAAAAAAAUAGGGGGAAAAAAGAAAAAUAAGAAGCAGUAUUAAUAUAGUAUGGUUCUGCUAGUAAAUAUUAUACAUAACUACUGAAUGCUUAUCCCAUUAUUUAUACAAAAUAUGCACAUUCUGCAGAAUUAUGUCAGCAUUGUGCCUUAAUGAUUCAGUGCAGUACUAUGUUGUCUAGUGAUAACUAUUCUGUGCUCUCAGCAGGUAUUUCACAAGUUGGAACAGUGAUUAAAAAAAGGUCCUAAUCCACCCACGCAUGCUCUGCCAAUGACUGUAUACAUGAAGUAAUUGGAAGUGUAUUACAAAAUGCCAUGUAACAUAUCUGACAUCAGUAACUGUUUUCUGUAUAUGUUUUUUGUCAAAUUAUGUCCUCUUUGUGAAAAUUCAUGUGUUUGCAUAUUAAGACUGAAAUACUACCAAGUCUGGGAGUGACAUGCUAUCAAAAUCAGAGUGCUAUGUAAACGCUCCAGGCUGGGAGAUUAUUGUCAGUCUUUGGUGGUUCUCUUUGUGGUAUUUAAACUUGACAGAUUUUUUUUUAUAUAUAUACUGUGUAGGUGUACAUUUUGUGAAUAUGAAAAUAUAAAUAAAUAAAAUGAAACAGUC